AUGGCGACACUUGAGACAAAAAAGGAGGGAACCUGGAUACAACAAACAUAAACAAUGUUGAGUGCAUCGAUGAAUUUCGUUACCAGUUUCACUGAAAAAAAUUUAUAACUAUCAUUGACACUCUAUCAGUAAAUCAGUGAAUAAUGGAGGAAACAGAUUUUCCAUUUCCUUUUCCCCCUUAUAACAUCCAGAGAGAUUUUAUGAAGUCUUUGUACAACUGCCUAGAUGAAGGCAAUUUGGGGAUAUUCGAGAGCCCAACUGGAACUGGAAAAACAAUGUCUAUAAUUUCUGGAGCUUUGAAGUGGUUGCAGGAUCAUGAGAAGAAAAAUGAAAUGAAUAUAAAAGAAAGAAUCAAAGAAUUAGAUGAGCAGUUGAAAGUUAUUGAGAGGGAGUCCACUGGCGAUUGGAUUGAUGAUCACUCUAAGCAGAUGAUUGUCAAUCAGGAAAGAAGAAUUGUUCAGCAAAAAUUAGAAGCCCUUGAAAGUCGAAUGAAGAGGAAAGAAGGGAUGAAAAAAUUAGCAAUGACAAGACUCGAAUUAAAACAAAAGAAGAAGGUGUUUCAUUCGAAGAAAACAAAUAAUGGAAACACUAGUGAAAACAUUUUGGAGAGAGAUGACAAAGACAAAAUAGAUGGUGAGACAGAUUAUGAUUUAUUACUGGAAGAUCUUGCUGCUAAAUCUGAUGAAUCUGAUGAGGACGAAGAGCAGGAUAAUGAGGUGAGGAAUAUCCAGUUUUUCCUGUGCUCAAGAACUCAUUCACAAUUGAGUCAGUUCAUUGGAGAGUUGAAGAAAAGCCCCUACUCGGAGGAAAUCUCUUUGGUACCGAUAGGCUCGAGACAGAAUUAUUGUGUCAACGAAGCCGUAAAAAGACUCGGUAAUAUUGAUUUAAUCAAUGAAAAGUGUCUGGAGCUGCAAAGGUCGAAGAAGACAACGUCUAAAAAAGAAAAAGACCUUAAAAGAUCGAAAACCACAAACAGUUGUUGCCCUUACAAUCCUGGAGAACAGAAUUAUUUGAUUGCUGAUAUUGUUACAACAGUUCACGAUAUCGAGGAAAUUGUUAAAACUGCGAAAGAAAUCCAGACCUGUGCUUAUUAUGCCUCCAGAAAGUCUCUACAGGAUGGACAAGUCAUAGUUCUUCCUUACAACAGUAUUCUACAUAAAAAUACGAGACUAACUUCGGGGAUUAAUUUAAAGGAUAAUGUGAUAAUUAUUGAUGAAGCUCAUAAUUUGUUGGAGGCCAUUGAGAGGAUGCACAGUACUACUGUCACCGGGAGAAACAUUUUGCAUUGUUUCAGUCAAUUAUCCCAGUAUCAGAAAAGAUUUGAAAAUCUGUUUUCUGCAAAGAAUGUUUUGUACUUGAAUCAACUCGGUUUUUGUUUGAAAAAACUCAUAAAAAUCCUGGGAGGCACUACAAGAAGUUCGGAGGCCGAUACAAUGAAAAAAGAUCAAGGGCCGAAGGUAUACACUCUCGAGAACUUCGAAACAACGGCGGAAAUCGACAGUGUUAACAUGUUCGAGCUAAUUAAAUUCAUACAGACGUCGAAACUGGUUCACAAAUUACAAAACUAUGUAGACAAACACAAGGAAGAUUUGCGCAUACAUCCAAAUCCAGCACCGCCUAAGAACAAACGAGUAGGGGUUGGGGCAUUUCUCAAUUUAUUGAAAAAUGGAGAAAGUUUGGAUGAAAAUUGUGAAAAGACACCGAAAGCAAACGAUACUGGAACUGAGGAGAAUAUUCUGAAGAGUCCUUUAAUCAAAAUUGUUGGGUUCCUGGAGUCUUUGAAGAGUGCAUGUGCUGAUGGAAGAAUUUUUGUCAUUCCGGGGCCUACCCUCGGACAGAGUGUUAUUAAAUUUUUGUUGAUGAAUCCUGCAGCUCAUUUUCAUGAUAUUGUCAAAGAAGCUCGUUCCAUAAUCUUGGCAGGAGGAACAAUGGAGCCGAUUUCCGAAUUUCGGGACCAACUUUUUAUCGAAGCGGGUGCUCCACUCGAAAGAAUCGUUACUUUUUCCUGUGAUCACGUGGUACCCAAAGAGAAUAUUUUGACAAGAAUUGUUACAAAAGGUCCCAACAACAUCCCCUUCGACUUCAAUUACCAAAAUCGUGACAACGAAUCAUUAUUAAACGAGGUGGGGAGGACUCUGAUAAAUAUAACAAACAUAGUUCCGGGAGGAAUUGUCGUAUUUCUUCCAUCUUACAAAUACGAGGAGAGUCUCUAUAAGCACUUGGACUCUUCGGGGAUAAUAAAAAAGUUAACCCACAAGAAGCAAGUUUUCAGAGAGCCAAAAUCAUCCUCUGGAGUGAAUUCAAUACUAGAAAAUUUUGCCGAGUCAAUUAAACAUCCCAAAGGCUCCCAGAACGGUUCGCUACUCUUCAGUGUUGUGGGAGGAAAACUCAGUGAGGGUCUAAACUUCUCAGACGACUUAGGCCGAUGCAUUAUUGUCGUGGGGAUGCCCUAUCCAAAUAUAAAAUCGCCUGAGCUACAGGAGAAAAUGAAAUAUCUCAAUGAGAAUGUCAGAGCCGGAGCUGGUAGUGAAUACUAUGAAAAUAGUUGUAUGAAAGCGGUGAAUCAAUGUAUUGGACGAGCUGUUAGACACAUAAAUGAUUACGCCACUGUUCUCCUGAUCGAUAGAAGGUACACAAAUAAAUGUAAAGCUCUUCCUGGAUGGAUACAAAAGACAUUGAAUAUUAGCGAUGAGUUUAGCACGACUGUUGGUGAUGUGGCCAGGUUUUUUGCAGCUAGAAAAAUUAAUUCGAAAUGAUGGGCUCUUUUUAAAAUUUUCUAUUGAAAAAAUGAUUAAUUUAUGAUUGUGUAAGCUGGACUACAACAAUAUAAAACAAAGACAAAAUAUUGGAAAAAAAUCAUUGCUCUGUCUAUUAUUUCUAUUAUAGGCAAUGGACUAACUUCAGGCGUAAGACGUUUUCCUCAAAUCGGGCGUGCGGGGCGCGUAUUCAGUCUUAUAUUUUUAAAACGAGGAAGAGCAAGAAGAAUAUUCAUUUCACUAUCUUCGUAAACAUAUUUAUAUUUUUUAAAUACUGACCUUUGGUAAUUUUGAUUUAUCAACUGAAAGCCCAUUUGCAAGGUUUUCCACCCAUCCUAAGUUGCUAUUUUUUUUCUCCCCUCUAUAUUUCCAUCUAUUGCCAUGGCUCGCAUUUUUUAAUUUACAGUUAAAGAGAAUUUUCAAGCUGAACUCCGAAUUUAUAAACCAAAUGGUGGUGAUAGACUUGUCCGGGCCGCACCACAGCACUCGGGAUGUGCUUCUAUAAAAAAUAGAAGAAUAUUCCACUUAUUUUCCAUCGCUACAUUAAUUGUUCAGUAAGAAAUUGCUAUGUCACUGUACUUACGAUUGCG